UCCUAAAAAUCUACGGAAUAGAAACGAAAUUAAGAGCUCAGACAUUUUCCAGAUUUCUCAUUUGCGUGAAAUGGCGCUUCGUGCUACUCAAGGGACUGGUCGUAUCGCGGCGGCGCUCCGGCGUGUCGCUCGGCCUUUCUCGACAGACGCGGUUGUUGAGUCGGAUUACAAGCGUGGUGAGAUCGGUAAGGUCUCCGGAAUCCCAGAGGAGCAUCUUACACGAAAGGUGAUAAUAUAUUCGCCUGCUAGAACUGCUACCCAGCAAGGAUCUGGAAAACUUGGGAAAUGGAAGAUUAACUUCGUAUCCACCUUAAAGUGGGAGAAUCCAUUGAUGGGAUGGACUUCUACAGGUGAUCCCUAUGCCAAUGUGGGUGACUCCGCUCUUGGUUUUGAUUCAGAAGAAGCUGCCAAGUCAUUUGCAGAGCGUCAUGGCUGGGACUAUGUGGUCAAGAAGCCCAAAACACCGUUAUUGAAGGCAAAGUCUUACUCGGACAACUUCAAGUGGAAAGGCAAACCUCAACCAGAAAAUUGAUCUUUCAUCUUCUUCUUCCAUCACUCGAUCAAAACGAGAAACCUCAUUUGAUUUAUAUAAAAACUCUCAUGUUUCUUUGUUCUUUAGCAUCUGUGAGCUUUUUGUCUGAACUGAUAUCCAUGGUUGGAUUUAUUUCCUUAUUACAAUAAUAUGAUGACGACAAACACUCCUUUGAUAUUUCAUUAAGCUUUCUGAUCAA